AGCGCAUUCCUCUACCCGAGGGAGAUGCGCUCCCAAGUCUGGGCGGGCGCCAUCCGCUGCACUUCUCUCUCAGAGUCCGGGAGCAGCUGCUGGCUUCCGGGCGCGCUGGGCUGAAUCUCUGCGGCGGAGUCUCCCGCGUCCUUACUGUAGGGAGCAUCUGAGGACCUACCUGGAUUGGAGUGAGCCGGGGGUGGGACUGAGGGCCCGAUCCCUUUAGGGCGAGGACGCUCCUUGGGCGAGUGCCCUUAAUCUUCUUCCGAUCGCCCUGUCUCUCCCUGCUCUGCUGGCAGCCUAGGACAGGAAUCUGUGCCACCCAAAUUGUAUGAUCCAGUGAAUCUGCAAGGAAAGGUCUCUGAGGCCCCCGUCUGCUGACUGCAUGACAAACUCUAAAGGAAAUGCCAGUCGUGAUGGCCCGGGACCUGGAGGAAACAGCAUCAUCCUCAGAGGAUGAGGAGGCGGUAAGCCAAGAAGAUCAUCCAUGUAUCAUGUGGACUGGAGGCUGCAGGAAAAUUCCAGUUUUGGUAUUCCAUGCUGAGGCUAUUCUGACAAAGGACAACAAUGUUCGAGUAAUUGGAGAACGUUAUCACUUGUCUUACAAGAUCGUACGAACAGACAGUCGCCUGGUUCGCAGCAUCCUGACAGCCCAUGGAUUUCAUGAAGUUCACCCAAGCAGCACUGACUAUAACCUAAUGUGGACAGGAUCCCACCUGAAGCCCUUUUUACUUCGCACCCUCUCUGAAGCACAAAAGGUUAAUCACUUUCCCAGGUCGUAUGAACUAACCCGGAAGGACCGACUGUACAAAAACAUCAUUCGAAUGCAGCAUACGCACGGAUUCAAGGCUUUUCACAUCCUCCCUCAGACCUUCCUGCUGCCAGCUGAGUAUGCGGAAUUCUGUAAUUCAUAUUCAAAGGACCGGGGACCUUGGAUAGUAAAACCAGUGGCCUCUUCCAGGGGGCGGGGUGUCUACCUGAUCAACAAUCCAAACCAGAUUUCCCUGGAAGAGAACAUCUUGGUCUCCCGUUACAUUAACAACCCCCUGCUCAUAGAUGAUUUCAAGUUUGACGUGCGCCUCUAUGUGCUUGUGACUUCCUAUGAUCCUCUUGUCAUCUAUCUCUAUGAAGAAGGACUGGCUAGGUUUGCCACCGUACGAUAUGACCAAGGAACCAAGAAUAUUCGGAACCAGUUCAUGCACCUGACCAAUUACAGUGUGAAUAAGAAGAGUGGAGACUAUGUCAGUUGUGAUGAUCCGGAAGUGGAGGAUUAUGGGAACAAAUGGAGCAUGAGUGCUAUGCUUAGGUAUCUGAAACAGGAAGGCAAAGAUACAACUGCAUUGAUGGCCCAUGUAGAAGACCUGAUCAUUAAGACUAUAAUCUCUGCUGAACUAGCUAUUGCCACAGCCUGUAAAACUUUUGUUCCUCAUCGCAGCAGUUGUUUUGAACUCUAUGGCUUUGACGUGCUCAUAGAUUCUACGCUGAAGCCAUGGUUGUUGGAAGUGAAUCUCUCUCCCUCUUUGGCCUGUGAUGCACCUCUGGACCUAAAGAUUAAAGCCAGUAUGAUUUCAGAUAUGUUCACUGUUGUAGGGUUUGUAUGUCAAGAUCCUGCCCAGCGGGCCUCAACCCGGCCAAUUUAUCCCACCUUUGAGUCUUCCAGGCGAAACCCUUUCCAGAAACCUCAGCGUCCAGUAUCUGCACAGUUUCAGUCCUCAAGCACCAAACAGCGUUGCCGUCCACUCUCUGCCAGUGACGCGGAAAUGAAAAACCUUGUGGGCUCAGCACGGGAGAAGGUGCCGGCGAAGUUAGGUGGUUCUGUGCUUGGUCUGUCAAUGGAGGAGAUCAAAGUUUUACGGAGGGUGAAGGAAGAGAAUGAUCGGAGAGGUGGAUUUAUUCGCAUAUUCCCUACAUCAGAGACAUGGGAAAUAUAUGGGUCCUACCUUGAACACAAGACCUCCAUGAACUAUAUGCUGGCGACACGUCUCUUCCAGGACAGGGGAAACCCAAGAAGAAGCUUAUUGACAGGAAGAACACGAAUUGUGGUUGAUGGAGCACCGGAAUUGAAGGUAGAGAGUAUGAAUUCAAGGGCCAAGCUGCACGCUGCUCUUUAUGAGAGGAAGCUCCUGUCUCUGGAGGUGCGAAAACGUCGACGACGGAGUGGCAGAUUGAGGGCAAUGCGGCCAAAAUACCCAGUGAUUACCCAACCAGCUGAAAUGAAUGUUAAAACUGAGACAGAGAGUGAAGAGGAGGAAGAAGUUGCCUUAGACAGUGAAGAUGAAGAACAGGAAGCUUCCCAGGAGGAGUCUGCAGGGUCCCUCGGAGAAAAUCAAGCCAAACACACACCCUCACUGACUGUUAUGGUAGAAAAUUCACCCAAAGAAAAUGCCAUGAAAGUUCCUGAAUGGAAUGACAAAGGUGAACAGUGCUGCAAAACCGAGACUCAGGAACCAGAGCCUAAAUUUAACCUGAUGCAGAUUCUGCGAGAUAAUGGCAACCUUAGCAAAGUGCAGGCCCGAAUAGCAUUCUCUGCCUAUCUCCAGCAUGUUCAAAUCCGACUGAUGAAAGACAGUGGAGGUCAAACGUUCAGUGCCAGUUGGGCUGCCAAAGAAGAUGAACAGAUGGAGCUGGUGGUUCGUUUCCUCAAGCGCGCAUCAAGUAACCUCCAGCACUCACUGAGGAUGGUAUUACCCAGUCGGAGACUGGCACUUCUGGAGCGCAGAAGAAUCCUGGCCCACCACCUGGGUGAAUUUAUCAUUGUGUACAACAAGGAAACAGAACAAAUGGCUGGAAAGAAAUCGAAGAAGAAACUUGAGGAAGAAGAGGAAGAUGGGGUGAAUACGGAAAACUUUCAGGAGUUCAUCAGACAAGCAAGUGAGGCUGAACUGGAGGAGGUGUUGACUUUUUAUACACAAAAAAACAAGUCUGCAAGUGUCUUCCUGGGGACUCACUCAAAAAGUUCUAAAAACAGCAACAGUUUUUCUGAUAGCGGGGCAAAGGGUGAUCACCCUGAAACGAUGGAAGAAGUGAAAAUAAAGCAGCCCAAGCAGCAACAAGCAACAGAAAUUCACUCUGAUAAAUUAUCUCGUUUUACCACUUCAGCAGAAAAAGAGGCUAAAUUAGUCUAUACCAGUUCUUCCUCUACUUCUUUCUCUGGUCCUGCUGCUACUCCUCUGCAGAAAAUUCCCAACACCCAUUUGUCAUCUGUUAUUACCACCUCUGACCUCUCACCAGGACCAGGCCACCAUUCUUCUUUAUCUCAGAUUCCUCCAGCUAUCCCCAGCAUGGCUCACCAGCCAGCAAUUCUACUGAGCACAGUCCCUGGCAGUGCUUCUCCCUCCAUCCAUCCUGGGACACAGAACAUACUGAGCCCCGCCAGCCUGCCGCACUGUCGAUCAGGCAGUUACACCAUUGGCCCCUUUUCCUCUUUCCAAAGUGCUGCGCACAUCUAUAGCCAGAAACUGUCUCGUCCCUCUUCAGCAAAGGCAGCAGGUUCAUGCCAUCCAAACAAGCAGCAUUCAGGAGUAGCCAAAACACAGAAGGAGGGAGAAGAUGGUUCCUCAUACAGCAGACGGUACAACCCAAGUACGGUUACGGCUGAACUUCAGCGGCUAGCUGAGAAGCAGGCAGCAAGGCAGUAUUCUCCAUCCACUCACGUCAGUGUCCUCACCCAGCAGGUAACAAACCUGAAUUUGGCAAGUGGCGUCAUAAACGGAAGCAGUGCUUCAACUCCCCACACACUUCGGCCUGUCAUCAGUCCUAGUGGCCCAACAUGGUCAAUACAGUCAGACCCCCAAGCUCCUGAGAGCCACUCCGCCCCUCCUGGAAGCAGGCCAGCUCCAUUCAGUGUGGGAGAGGAUUACCCAGGAUAUGAAUACCAGGAGGUGGGGAUCAUUGGGGGCCAUCCUGGAAGUUGGUUCCUACAAUCAUUCAGGAGCCUCCAAACAGGUGGCUUUGCCUGGGAGGGAGAGGUAAAGAACAACGCCUAUAGCAAGGCUACAGGGGUGGUCCCGCAGCACAGGUGCCACUCCACAGUAGGCAGCUACCAAAUCCAUUUUGCCCUGCAACAACUUGAACAGCAAAAACUUCAGUCCCGGCAGCUUCUGGACCAGAGUCGAGCCCGGCACCAGGUGAUCUUUGGCAGCCAGACACUACCUAACUCCAAUUUAUGGACAAUAAAUAACGGUGCAGCUUGCAGAAUUUCAAGCGCCACAGCUAGUGGCCAGAAGCCAACCACUCUGCCACAAACAGUGGUGCCGGCUCCAAGCUCUUCCUCUUCCCUGGUCCCCAAACCCCCGUCCAAUCACAAACAAGUCCUCAGAAAGGCAGCAUCCCAGAGGGCUUCCAAAGCGUCCUCCACAGAAGGGCAGCUGGACGGACUCCAGAGCAGCCUUAACUCUGCAGCCUUUGUGCCCAUCACCAGCUCCACAGGUCAGUUCCAGGUGGGACAGCGGGCAGGGUCUGGGCCAGCAAGUUCUCUCCUGCCUCUGAAGAGAGCUCCAGCUCAGAGAACGAAGCAUCCAGGCCUCUGGAGCACUGAUCCCGCUCACACUAAAAGAUGAAGCACAGACACGCGGAGGAGGAACCUGUCCACUACUCCACUACUCCUGGGUGCGUGACUCCAGUGAAGCAUCCACCAGUGCUGCAAGGGGUCCAGAGUAUUGUUUUUUUUGCUGUUUCAGUCCCCAGUGCCUACCAGCAGAAGUGGCAGUAGAUUGUUGCCUAUCAGCCAAUCCAGACUUUUCCUGAGACGACAGGAAAACAUGUCAGCUCGGUUUCACUGGAACUUGGCAGUGGGGACAUUCAGCGGAAGCGAUAUAUACCCCAUCAGAGCACACGUGUAUCUUUUACCCCUUUCACCCCCUCUCCCACCUGCUUAGGUCUUCUCUGUCCCUCUCCUGCUACCACACAGAGAUGAUAUAAAAGAGGCUCUUUGGCUAUUUGCAUUUUGCUUCCUCUUCUUUUCCAGAUUGCAGUAUUAAGCUUUACCUCCUAAAAGCCUAAAAUCCCAACAACAUUAUGUACCAAAGUUGUUCUUCCCUUGCAAGAGGGUUUGGGGGAAAGGGGGAGUUUAUAUCACAAGUUCCCCAGAGAGUGAAAAAAAGUCCGUGUGCUGCUGACCACAUGAGCCAUGGUAAAGUCACCCUUUGGAAUUACUGAUUUCUAAAAUUAAUAAAG